CGGUACACUUGGAGCGCUGUCGGUGAUCGUUCCGCUGCUGCACACGUGAUGUAACGCUGCCGCUUUGGCCAGUAGGACUGCUGACUCGGCAUGCGCGUACGCCGGACAUUGGUCUUCGCGUGCAGCUCGGGCGGCUGGGCACUGGACAUGCGGCCGACGUGGAUACCCGGAGGGGCCCUGCGGCUGCCACCCGGGCUGUUCGGCUCCAUCUUGCCGCUCAACAGCUCGCUGCGCACUCUGCAAAUGGCACGGGUGGCAGUGCGCUUGUACACCGCCUUGGCCGCGCGACUCAGGGACAUUCCGGGCGUGUUCGAUUCCCCCGUGCGCGAAUCUGAGGCGGCGAAUCUCCGGAGCGUGGCCGACUGCCUCCGCAAGGACUUGGAUGCCAUGCCGCCGGCGCUCAAGAGCGGCUUUCCGCCUGCCAAGGGCCAGCCCUGGGCGCUCUUUGACCAGGCGGUGGGCUUAGCCCUGGCGCACGAUAACCUGGCGGAGAUGCUGGACACCCGGCGCAUCUGGGGCAAAGACCUACGGCUGAAGGGGCUCGAGAACCUCUCCUCGGACCAGCUGUUCUUCGUGUACUACGCACUGGACAACUGCCAGCGGUCCGACGCGCAGGCGCAGCGCCGGCUGCCGUGGGCGCUCGGCGGACAGGAGCGCGUCAACGGGCCGCUCCGCCACUGGGCCCCGUUCGCCAAGCACUUCGGCUGCCUCGACGGAGAGCCCAUGGUGGCGCCGAAGCGGUGCACGCUGCUCGAUGCACACGCCUAGCGUGUACCAUGAACAGCACGUGGUCUCAUACUAUACACAACGAACGCGCUAGUGCUGUUGACUAA